AUGCUCCGGUGGAUGUGCGGGGUGACCAGAGUCUGGGAGUUCAUGACUUCCCCGACAAGCGACAAACAAGAAAGCAGGCUGCGCUGGUUUGGGUACAUUAAAAGAAAACCUCCAGAGUACCCAAAACCAGGUGGACAAAUGUGGUCAGACAAGGUCUACGUUCCUGCAACGUUACCGAAGAAGGAAGGACGUUACCAAGAAGGCAGACCCAACCAUCAGAUGGGAAUUAUUAUUGCAUAU